UUAAGCAUUUGGUCGAAGAACUGUCUCAUCGGCUAAUCCUUCUUCCCGCCCAAAUGACCCGGGCCUGAAAAAAGAUCCUUGGGCCAUUUGUGUCACUCCGUCCAGCCAGUACAGGCCUACAGGACCACUUUCUGUACAGAGAAACGAGGUUUUACCUAUAUCUGGGGAAGCGAAAACUAAGCAGUCACAGGAACUUUGCAAUUUAAAAAAAUAUGAAAGAAGUGUUAAGUGGUUCGACCUUUCGGCGACACCCAAAAGAUAAAAUGUUGACGCCCCUCCCAUAAAAAAUUGAAAAAUCUUGACAGAACACGGAGAAAAUUUGCGCAGUGUUGCCACCCGGGAGAAGUUUUGCCGGAAGAAACUUUGAAAGUUAUACGACUGUUAUAUGUACAUAUAUCCAAACAAGGAUUUUAUAAACAUACUACCAAUAUUUAUACAUAAAGUUGUUUUUUAUGUAUUUUAAUAGUUUGUUCUACUAUGGCCGAAGGCGACGGAUGGUACCUGGUCGGACCCCUGCAAGAAGAUUGCAUAAAGAAAGAGUACAAACUCAAAGAAGGAGUGACAAGUAUUGGCCGAGGAGUCAAUAAUGAUAUAAGAAUCGAAGAAACGGAGGUGUCCAGGGAUCACUGCAAACUUGUUAUUCAAGACAAUAACAUAUCCAUAAUUGACCUUCAAAGUUUUAAUGGGUGUUACGUCGAAAGUUUGAAAGUCCCAGCAUGGAGGCCUCUCGGCCUGUCUUCAGGUGACAAGAUAGGCUUUGGAAUCAAUGCAGUCCAAUAUCCUGAUUCUAAGCUCGCUUUUCAGAUAAUCAGCAAAUCCUCUAAUCCCCCUCUUUUACCAGGUUUGACGGAAGAGGAACAAAUGAGAGCUUUAAAAUCAAGGGAAAAUGAGGGGAACAAGAGAAAGUCAUCAGAAACCUUUUUACACCCAGGGGUCAAGAGGAGUAAAGGAGGAAAAGGAUCUCAUACGAAUACUUCUUCAAAUCUGUUUACCGAAAAUCCUGAAUUAUCAAAGCUUCCUACUAAGCCAUUUAAUUUAGAUGUGUGUAAGUCUUUGCCUAAGCAAGAAGAGUCCAACUAUGUGGAUUCUCCAGCAUCCCCAACAUCCAAUGUCUCAGACGAUGACAUUAUAUUUGUUGGUGCUAAAAUUCCUUUAAAGACAAACGUUUCAUCAAGCAUUUCACCCCAAUUUGUUCCUGAUAAUUCAUCGACUCCUUUCAAAUCCAGGGCUGAAAAUGACCUGAAUAACUCUGGUUUUUCUGAACAUGACGGGAUCAUUGAAAUUGAGGAUAGUGACGAUGAAAAUUUAUUGUCUCAGAUGUUCAUCACACCGACCAGUGAAAUCGGAACACCAAAUGGUUGCAAUGUUUUCAUAAAAGAAGAAGUCGACCUUGAUGAUUUAAUACUGAUAGAUGAUGAUGAUGACGAUGAUGACAUGUUUUCUCAGCACUUCUCACAGAGUUUUACCAUUAAUGACUCGGCAAAAGCUAGAGUGCCCAAAGACCAAAAAACGGAUGCUAUUUCUGAAAGUAAAAAAGACAUUCAAAUGGAAGUAGAUAUUAAACUAGAGGUAAAAGAAAAAGAUAAAAAGGAUAUGGUUCAAAUUGGUGUGAAGGAAGAAAAUUCCUUUAAGAAAGAGGCUAAGGUAAAAGAAAUUGCCGAAAGUAAAACUCAUUCAGAAGAAAAAUUGAAGACUAAGGAAAGUACCAAAGAUAUUGAAAAUAAAGUCACUAAACAUUUAAAAAUAAGUAAGAAAUAUGAUGACAGUACAGCAGAAGUUAAAGAUAAAAAGGGUAAGUUUUUUAGCGUUUCUACAAAUAAAAAACCGGAAUCAAAGUCAGCCAUCCUUAUUAAAGAUCCGCCGCAAAUCAAACCUGAUAGUAGUACGACAAAAUCUUCUAAACCUGAAGGUAGGAAAACUCGAAAGAGGUCGAGGCAAAAGUCAGUUGAAAAACAGCCUUUCUGCACUGCUGAGGAGAAGCAAAAGGUGAAGGAGUCGAGGAGGGAAAAACUGAAAAACAUUGCUCUAAAAAGCAGGAGGCUAUCGGAAGAAGAGUACAAAAAAGGCAAUAAUGGUGCUGACAUAAAACUUCCUCGUGGCUCCUCCAGAUCAGAAUUUCUGUCUAAAUCGAAUGAAUCAGUGGCGAAUAACAAAAAGGCUAAAACUAAAAAAGACACUGAAGAUUGUACACUUGUUCCACAGCCAAACAAUAAAAAAACACAAGAUCCAGAUGAAAAGGGAGAAACUGUCAAUACAGAUACCAUUAUUACAGAGAGUACAAAUAAUCAAAACAAAUUGCUACAAACCAAUUUAACCAUUAGUACUAAAAAUGUAGAGAAGAGUGUAUUUAAAGAUAUAAUCAAUUUAGCCAAAUCGAAAGACAAAAAUCAACCAGUUGCUUCGAUAGAAAAUCAAAAUGAUUCAAGCUCCAUGAAAACAUCUAAUAUUGCAAAGAAGAAAGUCACUUUUAACAUGGAGAGAAACCAAAUUUUUGAAAUUCCAUCUUUCAAGGAGAAUACUAAAGUAGAACAUAAAAAGGAACAAUUUCUCAGGAAAGAACCACCUCUAGUAAAGCCCCGUAAAUUAAACUGGUCCAAAAUUAUAACAACAAGCCGGACGAUUUUUGAAAUAUGUAAAUGGAACGUCAACUGGCUACAUGAGUGCAAAACUAUAAAUAAAGACCCACCAAUAUCUGAAAGGCCUUUAAUGGUUGAAGAUUCUUAUAGUUCCUAUAGUUUGUAUAAGAAAAGCAUGUUUCCUUUAUUAAUGAGUGAAGUUUGGUCAUCGGUCGUUAAAGAAAAGGAUGUACAAGACUGCAACCUCAAAAACUUUGGAAUUCUCCAUGGUGUUGUGGAAGAACAUAACUGUUUGAAUAUGAGCGAAAGUCGGAAAAUUAUCAUCUGCCAUUGUUUGAUGGUUAGCGAGCAGUCUUCAUGGAAGGAAUUGACGCCUCGAUUCGCGGACCUUGUUGUAGCACAGGUCACGGUGCCGACUCGUGAAAAAAAAAUGAUGUACCAGUCAUUCAGCAUCAUUUCAAACAGUCCGAGAUUCGCACCGAUCAACCAUUCUAAAAACAACAAAUACAUGGGAUUUCUUUUGAACUCGCUGAGGGCAAAAAGUGGCGCUCCGACCAUCAAACCUGUUGUGUUUUGCACUUUGGAUUUAAUAUUUCGGGCAUCUUCGUCAAAAAUUAUUGAAAACGGGUUUUUACUUGUUACCAGGAGUUUGAAGAAUCUCAACUCUGACAUGAGGCUGUUCGAGGCAAUAGAACAUGUGCAGAAUGUUCCUCUUAAAAAAUUAAUCCUUGACCCUUCAUCUUAUUCUCCAGCCCCUGAGUUACCUGAAGGAGACAAACUAGUCACUAAAUUUCCAUUGAAUGAAAUGCAAAAAAAGGCUGUUCUUUCCUGCUCAAAAUUUGUUUUGCAUAAAAUACCAAACAUAAGCAUUAUACACGGACCUCCAGGUACUGGGAAAACCCUUGUAAUAACAAGCCUCGUAGAGCAAAUUCUACAUUAUUCGAGGAACCAAGGUAAAAGGUCAAAAUCUAAGAUUCUCCUGUGCGCUCCGUCUAAUUCUGCUGUCGAUGAGGUAGUACUGAGGCUUCUUGAGUUAAGACGUACGCUUACAGAUAAAUUCAAAUUGACAAGAUGCGGCAAUAUAGACAGCAUGCAUCCGAUUGUACGAGAAAUUUCGCCCCAAAUGCUUGCUGAAAAAGAAGUUAGAAAUUAUCUGAACCAAGAGAAUCUGGAAGUUGAGUUGAGCUUGUUAAAAGCGAGAGAGACAUGUUAUAAAAUGGCAAUUGAAAAGGAGAACAAAUACAACGAUAGAUUCACACACAUGUGUUCAAAAGUUCAAGAAAAGCGAAUUAUACUUGAAAAACUUAAAAACUCUACGAACCAUGACAUUAUGCAAUAUGAAAAAAACAAAAUGCUGCUCGAGGAGGAGAAUAGCGUUAUUUACAAUGCCGAGAUAAUAGCGACAACGCUGUCUUCUUGCUUCAGCCGAAAAGUUGCUGACGCACUUUAUGAUUGCAGUGAGAGUGGACAUCCAACUUUUUCUUGCUGCAUCAUCGAUGAAGCUACUCAAGCAGUCGAACCUGAAGUACUUCUCCCUUUACUACACAACAUUAACAAUGUCAUUCUUGUCGGCGAUCCUCUCCAGCUGCCUGCGACUGUUGUUUCACAGACGUGCAAGUCGUUCAAGUUUGACCAUUCUCUUUAUCAUCGUUUUUGGAAGUGCUGGGAGAACAGAGAUGACGUACCGUUAUUCAAACUUCAGGACCAGCAUAGGAUGCAUCCGGAAAUCGCGUUGUUCCCUGCGUGUCAUUUUUACGGCGGGAAUGUGAAAACGCCAGCGUUCAUGGACUUGAAUUUCCCAUUCAGGCCAUAUUUGGUUAUCGAGCACAAUUUCACUCAAGAUGCUGGAGGUGAGAGCAAUAGAUCUGAAGGAAAACUAAUUGUUGAUUUGAUAUCUGAACUUACCAGAGUGAAAAAUUUUGAAGGGCUUAACCUAGGGGUGAUUGUACCAUACCAAUGCCAAAAGAACACAAUUAAAGAACUGUUUGACACUAAUAAAGAGAAGAAACCUAAACAGCCGUACACACUAAACACAAUAGAUUCCUUUCAAGGCCAGGAAAAAGAUAUAAUAAUUUUCUCUUGUGUCAGAACAGAGGGGAUCGGUUUUCUUGUAGACAGGCAGAGGGUGAAUGUAGCGCUAACAAGAGCAAAAAAAUGCCUCCUCAUCGUCGGAAAUUUUUCAUGUCUUCGGAAGGACAAAACAUGGUUUUCGUUGCUCUGUGAUGCUAAAAAACGAGGUGCGUAUUAUUCUUUACUAUCUGCAGAGACUCCAGCUGUCAAAAAGCUUGUAACACAUCUUACAAGGCCGCCAUCUAAAUGUAGAAAGAAUUCAUCUUAACUUUACUUUUAUAUUAUGUAAAAAAAGAGGAAACGAACUGUGAUGUUUUGAUACAGUGUUGUAACAUAUAAACAAGAAUUUUUAUUAAAAAAUGUAUUGUUUUUGUUCAUUUUUUUAAAUUUAGUAUAAAUU